AUGACGAAGAUGGCCAACAACGACAGCAGUUUCAAACGUGAUGAUACUCCAGCUACCGUUGAUCUGGCUCGUCCCGAUUCAAGAUCGGAGCUCACUCUGUUGAAAGCUUCUGAAUCAAGUAGUAGUAUGUCGAACAAUCAUCAAUCACCAGCUGUUUCCCAUGUAGAUGCUGGUUCUGAGGUCACUCCUGAGCAGCACGUUGACAAAGGCAAGAAGGCUGAAGCGGCGGAAGCCACUACGAAGCCGAUGAAGACCACCGCAGAUCGGCAGACUGAAGAGAAAGAGUCGCAGAAGAAAGGUCCGGCUGACGAGGGACUUGUGAAAGAAAGUCCGGCUGAUGAAGGGCUUGUGAAAGAAAGAGAACAACACACAGGAGAGAAGGACUUGCAGAAAGAAAGCUCAAGCGAUAAAGGACAUUCUGUGGAGAAAACAUGUCGGCAGAUUGGCGAGGAGUUGAACAAAGAAGGCUCGACCGAUGAAAGAGUUGCUGAGGAGAAGACAGCUGUACGGCGAGUUCGUACACUAUCAGAUCAUGGCCAACGCGAGAAAAAUUUUCCGAUUUUCGAUCAGAAUUUACAUGAUAUAUGGAGCUUUAAUGGGUUUAAUCCUAUUGUGAGUUUAUUGUGUUAG